CCAUUCCGUUGAGCCCACACGCGGGUCAAACUAAAACCUUUACCUGCGUCUCACGACUCACCACGAUCGGUCGCCGGAUACUACCUUGAUUUGGUAGAAGUCUUCGCAAAGUUCUUCGCAUAGAUCGUUCGAAAACACUCCUUUAGAAACGCGAAAGAGUUAUACGCAAUAAUGUCGAAUACAAGAGCUUCGUUGAUGGUGCCGCGCCCGAAUGCGGGAACGAAGCUGAGGCAGAUAGAGCAGGCCAAAGAAAUGCAACGAAUUGUGGAGGAGCGUGCAGCUAGAACAUCGGUAGAUCCCCCUCCGUACGACUUCUUACAGUUCAUUGGCCGGGGUAGUUUCGGACGAGUGUAUAAAUGCAAACAUCGUAACACGCAGGAAGUGGUGGCUGUCAAAAUUACGGAAGUGGACGAUGCCGAUUACCAGGCCUAUUUCGAAGAUAAAGACAGGAGCUUGCCGGACUUGAUUCGGGAGAUCAAGGUCCUUCAGCAAUUGAAAGAAACGAGAGCGUCACCCUACGUCAACGUUAUCUACGAUGCAUUUCCAAUGUACUCUGAACUCUGGAUGGUAACGGAGUACUGCCCAGGCGGUAGUGUCACGACAUUGAUGAAGCCCAACCCUGCAGGACAAGGGCUUGAAGAAAAGUAUAUCGUUGCGAUCGCCCGGGAACUUGCAACUGCUUUGAAAUACGUGCACGAAGCCAACGUUAUACACAGAGACAUCAAAUGCGGGAAUGUACUUAUUACAGAAGAUGGCAAUCUUCAGCUUGGUGAUUUCGGUGUGUCUGGAGUGCUCGAGACAGAAGUGGCAAAGCGGUCGACCAUUGUUGGCACGCUACACUGGAUGCCUCCAGAACUUCUUGGAGCAAACUUGAGUUCCAACUAUAAAUAUCCGGUUGCCCCUCUUUAUAGACAUGAAGUCGAUAUUUGGGCAUUUGGCUGUACAGUCUACGAAAUGGCAAUGGGCCAUGGUCCCAUGAGCACCGCGAGGACCUUGCCAGAACUUGCCGCCACAGCGCAAGAGAGGCCGCCAAGGCUCGAGGGAGACAGAUUCUCGGAAGGCCUCAAAAGCCUCGUAGCGUUUUGCAUUGAAGCUAACCCCGAGGAUCGCCCUACUGCCGAUGCCAUCCUUCAACAUGACUAUCUAAGAGAUACAUCCAGGAGUCACCCGACAAGUUCACUCAGGGAGCUGAUUGAGCGCUAUGUCAUAUGGGAGGCUUCUGGUGGUUCUAGGGCCUCUCUAUUCAAUCCGCAGAUGGGCGCAGCCCACCCCGAGCUCCCACUACCACAGGAUGACGAUGAUGAGGACUGGAGUUUCAGUAUGUCUGAUGAGUUGGAUGACGAAUAUGCUAUAAAUCUUGACGAUGAGCCGACCACCAAAGCGGCUACGAAAGGCGUACUGAACACUGCUUUCAGUAUGCCGAAGUCAAAGAAAGAACGAGAAAGCAUGGUCAGAAGAGGAGGAGAAGGACUACAGAGGCUUUUUGAUCCUGACUCAACGCCUUAUAUCUAUGGUACGAGCGAUCUAGCUCUCCGCCAAUAUGAUACUGAAGGUGGUAACAAUCGUGAAACCAUUAUCGAUCUAGACGAUGUUGAACCGGCGUUCAAUAUGCCCACUCUUGAUCUUGGAGAUGUGCCCACACUACGGGCCAAUCGACUGAAUAAAGAAGCCCUCGAUCGCGUUAUAGCCGAGUUGAAAGAGGAAGACGACAUGGAGGCACGAAGUUUUGCAAGGAAGAGCAUGCAGCAGGACAAUGAUUAUACGAAACGCGCAACACGGGAUUGGAAGUUUCCGUCCAUGCUACCACCUGAGACAUCGAUUGCUCCUCCAGAAACAGACAAUCGCCGUACCCAGGACUGGACUUUUGCUAGUGCUAUGCCAGCUGAUAAUCGUCGCACGCAAGACUGGACGUUCGCCAGUGCAAUGGCCGAGGCAGAUCCAGGACAUGGGCAAGCACGAAAUAGGAUGACCAGAGAGAUUCAAACGCAUCUAUUGACUGCACCCGCGGCCGAUAUAGCCAACAACCGACGGACCAGGGAUUUUGUGUUCCCAUCUCAGGACCCACCGGAAAAUACUGAAACUGAUGUAGUUGACUUUGUUGGGCCGCCCCAACCUCGUUAUGAACACUCGGCUCGUGUAGAAUUCCAGCGUCCGACACUUCGCCAUGCCGCAACUCAGCCAACAAGCACUCCUGACGGAACCUUUGGUCAACAAAUGUCGGUGUCAGACUCGCCUCCCCGUAUGUCCAUGAUUGAUCUUGACUUUGCUCUCCCUACGGAAUGGCAGCCUCGACCAGCGACGUCUGGCUCUGGGGGGGACGGGGCCCCCUUGGGUGUCGAAUAUGGACACAAAGACCCAUUCGAUUUGGAAGAUCAGGUCCAGCUAUCAGAAUCGAACAAUCGCCUGUCAUUUCAUACAAAAUCCCAAUCGGAACCUACUAAAGCGCUCCCUGGACUAUUAACGCCUAGCGAUCAGCAGGCGGAUGCAAAGCGAGGGUCAAAAUACGGGGUCCAUUCGCGAGGGACAAGCCAAGCCAACUUGCCUGUGGGACAACCCGCGAGGUUGAUGAAUCAACCUUCAAAUCAACGGCGCUUUCGCCGCCGCCAAUUUCGCCGUGAAGCGUCCUCUGUUAGUAGCAGGAGCUACACGUCUGCCUCCGAAACGGAGCCUGAGGACGAUUACGAGCGCGGUAGGCCUUCCUCUGUUCAGCCUGGCUUUCUUCAAAAUUCUUUUUGGUCUAAUUUCAACCCUGCUAAUCGAACGCCAUCAGAUUGGAAUAAGAGCGUGCUUUCACGGUCGAAUUCGAUAGCCAGUAGAGGGGACAUGAGCGGCAUUGAGUCUGAUGCAAUGGAUGACGACAGGUUUCAUCCAUUCAGGCAAGACCCAAAUCCGUUUGGAGAAGACUGCAUGUCACUCAAUCCCGCCCUCUACACUACACCCCCGAACAACAAUGCCCGAACGUCCGCAAACGCUUUUAUCAACAACGUUCGGCCGACAGUCCCCUUCCCUCUCCCUACUGGCCCGCAUCCAGAAUCAUUGAAGCAUGAUUCUGACCCGGACCUUGUCGAGCACGAGUUUCAACGUGUUUGCAAGGAGUUUCUGUAUGGGCUCAAAGUCUGCAAAGACAUUGUUGAGCAUCGUCAAAGUGGGGUGUCCACUAGGGGUGGAACAGUGAGAAUGAGCACGAGCGUACACGACGAGUACGCGGGCUUGAGUACCGAUAGUGAAGGUAUAGCCCUGUAAGCUAGGUUUUUCAAAACAUGCAUCGAGGAGGCGUUGUUGUCAACUUGCGGGAUAUGCUUUGAUGGUGUGGACAUGCAUAUGGAGGGCGCUGGAGUUCUGUAUUUGGAUCUGG